UGAGCUUCCGUCGGUCGGUUUCCAUAGAGACCAUCUAUAGUUGGGGCGAAUGAACAGCUAGCUACAGCGACAGGGGAGAAACGAGAGCAUCAUCUGCUGUAAAGGAGCUGGCAGGUCAAAAUGUCAUUUAGAGACUUAAGAAAUUUCACAGAAAUGAUGAGGGCCCUGGGCUACCCGCGGUUGAUAUCCAUGGAAAACUUCAGAACUCCAAAUUUCACUUUAGUGGCUGAAAUACUAAUAUGGCUUGUAAAGAGAUAUGAGCCUCAGAUGGAUAUUCCUACUGAUGUAGAUACAGAGUCAGACAGAAUAUUCUUCAUCAAGGCUGUGGCCCAGUUUAUGGCAACUAAGGCUCACAUCAAGUUGAACACCAAACGCCUCUAUCAGGCUGAUGGCUAUGCAGUGAAAGAGAUGCUGAAGAUUACCUCAGUGCUGUACAGCGCUAUGAAGACCAAACAGAUGGCCCUGGGAGAGCAAACCGAGGAGGAGAACAGCAAAUUCAAGUUCGACCUCGGCUCACGGAUUUCAGAUCUUAAAGCGGCUCGGCAGUUGGCAUCCGAAGUCACAUCUAAAGGAGCAUCUCUGUAUGAUUUACUGGGAAAAGAAGUGGACUUAAGGGAAAUGAGAACUGCGGCUAUCGCCAGACCUCUGGAAAUCAAUGAGACUGAAAAGGCCCUGAGAGCUGCCAUCAAGGAAGUUUUGGAAAGUGUGGAGAAGACCAAAGACAUGCUGAGUAAUGUUGUUUCUGAUGAAACCAGUCUGGACGCUAAGAUAGAAAAAAAGAAACAGGAGCUGGAGAGGAAUCGGAAAAGGCUCCAGACACUGCAGAGUGUCAGGCCAGCCUUCAUGGACGAAUAUGAAAAGAUUGAGAAAGACCUGCAGAAGCAAUAUGAAACCUUUGUGGAGAAGUUCAGAAACCUUUGCUUCCUGGAGUCUCAGCUGGAUGAAUACCAUAGGCUGGAGCAGGAGAGGUUUGAGGAGGCCGAAAACACAAUGAGGAUGAUGCAGAACGUGUUGAGGGAGGAGGAGGAGAGGGACCUGACGAAGAGCUCCUUAAAAGAUGAGGAUUCUGACAUGGACGUGCCAGAAGACGAAGGCUCGGACAGCGACAUGGAAGAAUGUCGACCUUCUAAGCCACGGCCGACACGAAACGGCAUCAUGACAGGAAGAGCAGCGCGAUUCGUCGGUAACAUGCAGGGGGGUGAUAGUGAUGAGACUGAAGACAGCGAGAUUGAUGUGGACGAGGAUGAUGAGGAAGAUGAUGAAGGCGAGGAAGAGGAGAGCAAGGAUUUGGAGGACGACAGUCUCGAGGGCCCAGUGUCCAGGGGUGUGCGCCCCUCAAAGGGGGUGAUAAGACCACCUCUGCUGGAGGAGAGCGAUAAUGAUUUCUGAAUAAUUAAAGAAGAGAUCCAGCUUCGAGAGAGAUGUGCAUUAUUUAUUAUGUUCAAUCAUGUUGUUUUUGCAACUAUAGUUCAUAUUUUUGUAAUAUUUGUGUAAACUGUAUUCCUUAAUAAAAAUAUAAAAAAUGUA